GGCACUUCGACUACCAGUACGGGUACCGGAAGUUCGAGGGCUCGGACGGCUCCCGCACCCAGAAGUACGCCAGCAACAUCACUUACUACUUCGACAACAUCAGCAGCGCCGAGCUCUACAGCGUGGACCAGGAGCUGCUCAAGGACUACAUCAAGCGGCAGAUAGAAUAUUACUUCAGCGUGGACAACCUGGAGCGAGACUUCUUCCUGCGCCGCAAGAUGGACUCGGAUGGGUUCCUCCCCAUCACCCUGAUCGCCAGCUUCCACCGCGUGCAGGCGCUCACCACCGACAUCAGCCUCAUCAUCAAGGCUCUGAAGGACAGCAAGGUGGUGGAAAUUGUGGAUGAGAAGAUCAGAAGGAAAGAGCAGCCAGAAAAGUGGGCUCUGCCUGGCCCUCCUAUGGCAGACUACACGCAAACAGACUUCUCACAGUUCAUCAACUGCCCCGAGUUUGUGCCCCGGCAAAGCUUCCAGAAGGAGACGGAGUCUGCUCCUGGCUCCCCACGUGCUGCCAGUCCAGUCCCCACCAAAACAGAGGAGGUCAGUAACCUGAAGACGAUGCCCAAGGGCCUGUCUGCAAGUCUUCCAGACCUGGAUUCAGAGACCUGGAUUGAAGUGAAGAAGAGACCUCGGCCCUCCCCAGCCAGGCCCAAGAAACCAGAGGAGUCAAAGACACCACAGCAGCAAAAGCAAAAGGACCAAGAUGAACCUGAGGAGCUAGACUUCCUCUUUGAUGAGGAGAUGGAGCAGAUGGAUGGGCGCAAGAACACCUUCACCGACUGGUCGGACGAGGAUUCGGACUACGAGAUCGACGACCGGGACGUGAACAAGAUCCUCAUCGUGACCCAGACGCCUCCCUACCUGCGCCGGCACCCCGGCGGCGACCGGACUGGCAACCACACCUCCAGGGCCAAAAUGAGCUCCGAGCUGGCCAAGGUAAUCAACGAUGGGCUCUACUACUACGAGCAGGACCUGUGGACGGAGCAGUUCGAGCCAGAGUAUUCGCAGAUCAAGCAAGAGGUGGAGAACUUCAAGAAAGUGAAUAUGAUCAGCAGGGAGCAGUUUGACACCCUGACCCCAGAGCCCCCUGUGGAUCCAAACCAGGAAGUCCCUCCUGGCCCCCCCAGGUUCCAGCAAGUACCUACAGACGCUUUGGCUAACAAGCUGUUUGGAGUCCCUGAGCCUUCAACCAUCGCCCGGUCUUUGCCUACAACUGUACCAGAGUCGCCCAACUACCGCAGCGCCAGAACCCCUCGGACCCCGCGCACGCCUCAGCUGAAGGACCCCACACAGACGCCCCGGUUCUACCCAGUGGUGAAAGAGGGCAGGACGAUAGAUGCCAAGACUCCGCGGAAGAGGAAGACGAGGCACAGUUCAAACCCUCCGAUGGAGUGCCAUGUGGGCUGGGUGAUGGAUUCUCGGGAGCACAGGCCGAGAACUGCCUCCAUCAGCUCCAGCCCCUCGGAGGGGACCCCGGCCGUCGGGAGCUACGGCUGCACCCCGCAGUCCCUGCCCAAGUUCCAGCAUCCUUCGCACGAGCUGCUCAAGGAGAACGGCUUCACGCAACACGUCUACCACAAGUACCGUCGGCGCUGCCUUAACGAGCGGAAGCGGCUGGGCAUCGGUCAGUCCCAGGAGAUGAACACGCUGUUCCGGUUCUGGUCCUUCUUCCUCCGAGAUCACUUCAACAAGAAGAUGUAUGAGGAGUUCAAGCAACUGGCUGUGGAGGACGGGAAGGAGGGAUACAGGUACGGUCUGGAGUGCCUUUUCAGAUACUACAGCUAUGGGCUGGAGAAGAAAUUCCGGCCAGACAUAUUUAAGGACUUUCAAGAAGAGACCAUCAAGGAUUACGAAGCUGGACAGCUUUAUGGGCUGGAAAAGUUCUGGGCCUUCUUAAAAUAUUCCAAAGCCAAAAAUCUGGACAUUAACAGCAAACUGCAAGAAUACCUCAGCAAGUUCAAGCGCCUCGAGGACUUCCGAGUAGAUCCACCCAUGGGGGAGGAAGGUGGACACAAGAGGUACCCUACGACGUCGGGGGCGGACGGCAGGAAGCGCUACCCAUCCCAGUCUUCCAGCAAAACGGUCAGCCAGUGCCCAGCCAGCCAAGCCCACGCCUCGCCCAGCCAGCCUGCACAAGAGGAUGCCAAAAACCUGAGCCAGCAAUCCCCUGCCCCCUCGGCUUCAGAAUCGCAGACGCUGGGGAAGUAGAGAGCCUGCAGCCUCUGCUUCCUGCCGGGGAGGGGGGGGGGGUGGGGGGGGUUGGUGGGGGACUGGCUCGGAAAAGGGAGACGUGAGGGGGUGGGACAGGAAGGGAGCUGGAAGGUGGGUGCCC